AGUUUUUCUCAAACAUAGCACCAUCUGGAAGUUAUUUGUACUGCUCCUCUUUUGUCCCCGGACUUAGCCUUGGAGAUCUGGGCUCCCACUGGGCGCGCACUGCGCCCGUAGGCUAGCAACAAUGUUUAGGAACCAGUAUGAUACCGACGUCACGACAUGGAGUCCGCAAGGACGCCUCUUCCAGGUCGAGUACGCCAUGGAGGCUGUAAAGCAAGGCAGCUGUACAGUCGGCCUUAAGAGCGAUACCCAUGUCGUACUGGCCACCUUGAAGCGCUCCCAGUCGGAGCUGUCGUCUUUUCAGCGCAAGGUGUUCAAAAUUGACGACCACCUUGGAAUUGCCAUCGCGGGUCUGACGGGUGAUGGCCGGUCGCUGUGCAAGUACAUGCGCAACGAGUGCAUCAACCACAGGUACGUGUACGAGAGCUCCAUGCCCGUGGGGCGGCUGGUUCGUCUGGUGGCGGACAAGGCGCAGGUGUGCACUCAGCGGUCCUGGAAGCGGCCCUACGGUGUGGGACUGCUGGUGGCGGGAGUGGACUCCCAGGGCCCGCACCUGUAUUCCACAUGCCCCUCUGGGAAUUACUACGAGUACAAGGCCAUGGCCAUCGGUUCCCGGUCGCAGGCCGCCAAGACGUAUCUUGAGAAGCAUUUUGAGACCUUCCCUGGAGCAAAUUUGGACGAGCUGGUACAGCACAGCCUGCGCGCUCUGCAAGCCAGUCUCAGCGAGGGCGAGCUCACGGACGCGAAUUGCAGCGUUGCGGUGGUUGGAAAGGACCUAAGCUUUACAGUUUUGGAGGAUCAGGCGGUAGAGCCGUACAUUACGGCGCUCAAGGAGGACGAGCCCAUGCAGGCGGAGGCCGAGGCGGCACCGGAGGGCGGCGAGGCGCCAGAGGCCCCUCCGGCUGCAGAGGCAGCCGCAGCCGAGGGGGAUGAACGGCGGGAGGACGAGGGGCCGGCGCCCAUGGAGGCGGAUUGAGGGCUGGCAAUGGGAGCGGUGGCAGGUUGAAGACGGUGACAGGGAUGAUGGGGGUCUGCUCAAGACGCCUGUCGGGAGGAGUGGGAGUAAUGGAGGAUUGAUGAGGUGGUUUUUAGAAGGCUUCUGGGCGAACGGCAUAGGCACCGGUGUUGUGCUCCCUUUGGCCUCAGCAGUCAAGAAGUUUUAUAGCGCCGUACGGCACGCCACGUGCUGUACGGCACACCCUGGACGACGGUCGCCGGGCCAGGUCUUGCCAUGUCAGGGGGCGAGAUGCGGUGUUAUUGGACACAGGGGGGAUGGCGGCAUUUCCGCGUGUUCUGUAUCCGACAGCUCUCUUAAAACGGUGAGACAAUGCUUUAAAAUAAUUGAAAGCGG